ACUGAAAGCUUCGCCAGCUUUCGAUUGCUCAGCCCGCCUGUUUCCUGUACCUCUCAUUCUACCGCUGAUCGACUUUGGCAUUCCGCAGCAGUAAGAAGCUACACCCUACCCGAAAGCGACAAUGGGCGACCGUCAGAAUACCACUGGCGCGUGCACCGAAAGUUCUCCUUCAACGGUGACAACCCCGGACUUCUCUCCUCAACCUGCUCCAGGAUGCGCGCAAACUCCAAGCCAAGGAUGUGCUCAAAUGAUUGUGCCUCUGAGCUUUGCAGCGCAGUUCCGAGCCGUACAGCAGGAACAAGCAGAGCGCAUUGCCAGGUUGGAGCAAGAGAACGCAGAUCUCAAGGACUUCAAGGAGAGGAUUGUCGACACCGCCGACCGCACUCAAGCUCUGGAGCAGCGUGAAGCUUAUCGUGCCGCAAGACGCAGGGAGGCGGUCGGUCAACUCGGUAAUAUGCGUACCCUGCAUCAAGAAGCCGACAAUGGAUUCCAGCUACGCACAGCGGACAUGCAGCCGGAUGAUCUCGAGGGAAUGUUGGGCGCGUAUAGCACCAUGUUGACCACUGCAAUGAACAACCACCAGCGUAUGCUUGGCCAGAUGCGUGCGAACGGCCAAUUCCCAGCGUACACAACACCAGUUCCGCAGACUCGACAAGUGCUUGUACCGGUACAGCGGCUCCACGUUUAUCCGCCGGCAUAUUCAGAGCAUGGAUUCUGCUAUGCGCAUAGCAUACCUUACUGCUGCCGGGUGUGCGGCAAGUAGACGCCCAACGGUCUUGUUACGUCGCCGUGGGAUUCUAUUCCGGAAUCCAUCAGGCACUCGACACAUCAACACCCGAGUUCCACAUAUCUACCAAAACCCGGGAUAAGGAGCCACUCUUCUUGAAA